GUUGAAUUCGCCAUAAUCAAGGAAACCUUUUCCGGGUGGGGAUCUCUGAAAUCGCUCAGUGAGCAACCCUAAUUAACCUGAUUUUUUGCUGAUAAUCACUCUCAAUGGAAUCAAAUCACAAAUCCGGGGAUGGAUUGAGCGGCACCCAGAAGGAAGCAGCCCUCCGCGCACUGGUCCAGCGCACAGGAUAUAGCUUGGUCCAGGAAAAUGGACAGAGAAAAUAUGGUGGCCCUCCACCUGGUUGGGACGCUGCACCUCCAGAAAGGGGCUGUGAAAUUUUUAUUGGAAAACUUCCUCGAGACCUUUUUGAGGAUGAACUUAUACCAUUAUGUGAAAAAAUUGGUAAAAUUUAUGAAAUGAGGAUGAUGAUGGAUUUUAAUGGCAACAAUAGAGGAUAUGCGUUUGUAACAUUCUCAAAUAAACAGGAAGCCAAGAAUGCGAUCAAGCAACUUAAUAAUUAUGAAAUUAGAAAUGGGCGUCUCUUAGGGGUUUGUGCCAGCGUGGACAACUGCCGAUUGUUUGUGGGAGGAAUCCCAAAAACCAAAAAGAGAGAAGAAAUCUUUUCAGAGAUGAAGAAGGUCACUGAAGGAGUUGUCGACGUCAUUGUCUACCCAAGUGCUGCUGACAAAACCAAGAACCGGGGCUUUGCCUUCGUGGAGUAUGAGAGUCACCGGGCAGCGGCUAUGGCCAGGAGGAAACUUCUACCAGGAAGAAUUCAGUUAUGGGGACAUCCUAUUGCAGUAGACUGGGCAGAACCGGAAGUAGAAGUUGAUGAAGACACAAUGUCUUCAGUGAAAAUCCUUUAUGUAAGAAACCUAAUGCUGUCUACCUCUGAAGAGAUGAUUGAGAAAGAAUUCAAUAAUAUCAAACCAGGUGCUGUGGAGAGGGUGAAGAAAAUCCGAGACUACGCUUUCGUGCACUUCAGCAACCGAGAAGACGCAGUUGAGGCUAUGAAAGCCUUAAAUGGGAAGGUGCUGGAUGGCUCCCCCAUUGAAGUGACCCUAGCCAAACCAGUGGACAAGGACAGUUAUGUUAGGUACACCCGAGGCACAGGUGGAAGGGGCACCAUGCUCCAAGGAGAGUACACCUACUCUUUGGGUCAUGUUUAUGAUCCCACCACAACCUACCUUGGCGCUCCUGUAUUCUACACCCCUCAAGCCUACACGGCGAUUCCCAGCCUUCAUUUCCCAGCCACCAAAGGACAUCUUGGCAACAGGGCCAUUAUCCGAGCCCCUUCUGUUAGAGAAAUUUACAUGAAUGUACCUGUAGGGGCUGCGGGAGUGAGAGGCCUGGGUGGCCGUGGCUAUUUGGCAUACACAGGCCUGGGUCGUGGAUACCAGGUCAAAGGAGACAAGAGAGAAGACAAACUCUAUGAUCUUUUACCUGGGAUGGAGCUCACCCCAAUGAAUCCUGUCACUUUAAAACCCCAAGGAAUUAAACUUGCUCCCCAGAUAUUAGAAGAAAUUUGUCAGAAAAAUAACUGGGGACAGCCAGUGUAUCAGCUGCACUCUGCCAUUGGACAAGAUCAAAGACAACUAUUCUUAUACAAAAUAACCAUUCCUGCUCUGGCCAGCCAGAAUCCUGCAAUCCACCCUUUCACACCUCCAAAACUAAGUGCCUAUGUGGAUGAAGCAAAGACCUACGCAGCCGAGUACACCCUGCAGACCCUGGGCAUCCCCACUGAUGGAGCUGACGCCCCGACUACAGCUGCUGCUGCUGCUGCCGCUUCUGCUGCUGCUUUUCCAGGAUAUGCUGUCCCUAAUGCAACCGCACCUGUGUCUGCAGCCCAGCUCAAGCAAGCAGUGACCCUCGGACAAGACCUAGCAGCAUAUACAGCAUACGAGGUCUACCCCACUUUUGCAGUGACUGCCCGAGGGGAUGGAUAUGGAGCCUUCUGAAGAUAUCUUUCUCUUAAUUUAACAAUAAGACCCACAAAACUCUAUAUAGAAGUAAUAAACCUCUAACCCAGUUCCCUAAUAAUCAUAUGUAAUACUUUUCCUAAAAUGAUGCCUUUCCCGAGACUAUAUAGCUUAUACCAAUUGUACAAUUGUGAUAGGAGAAUGUUAUUCCUACUUAAAUCAAAUGUUAAGGAGCCCUUUGUCUAAUAGAAAGCUAAAGAGAUAUUGCCCCCCAAAGUUGUCCUUCCAAGGUGCCUGAGUGUCUCGGGAGUAUGUUUACAAACUCUGACAGAGCGGAGAGAGAUCUUUUUGCUAACAAGCGUUCAGGGGCUGAGCAGACCUGGGCAGUCAGGAACAGUAACAACAGAGCUAAGUAAACUCCAGAGUCUCAGCCCUGUCUCACAGCUGCUUUUGUGAUACACAAAAUCACAAACAGGCAGAGGGAAGGUAGGAGAAUGCUUUUCAAAACAUGUUCCCCACUGCCCUCUCUACAGGGCAUGUUUACAGGCUGAAGUUUGUGAAACACUGUCCAAGGUUGGAUGGAGUCAGCAUCACUUCAGUCUGAAAAUUCCAUCCAGUCAAACUGUCAUAGGUCAGGAUCUCUCUGUCCCUUGCAGCCCCUGGGGACUUCCUGGAAAUUGAUGUGAUGUGUUGCAGAUAUGUUUAAAACAAAUCCCAGCCCAUUGUUUUUUAAACUCAUUAGCCCAUUCCUCUUUUUCCCUAGAACACGUGCCCUUCUCAAGGAUCCCCACAACACAAUAAUCGUUUCAACUGGAAGUGAUUUUUUUAAUUUGUAAACGUUUUGACUUCUCCGUAAUGAUUUAUCCUCAUGUCAGUCUCAUUUUGCUCAUCUCUAAUAUCACAAAAAAGUAAAUCAAAUCUACAGAAUAUUACUUACGAUGCUUUUUCCUAUUCACCAAAUUGGCUGAAAAGUCAUUUCAAACAAAGAGAGGUGUGAGGAUUUACUCUCAUUUCUUUGGUCUUUUUGUAGCACCCAGACCACCGUCCAGCAUUCAGAGACAGUUAUAUCAACCUGAGUUUAGCCUUGGAUUAUCUAGACCACUUAUAUUAAAUCUAUCAAGAAGCCCUCUACUUUCCUUUCCUUUCCUUUUCUUUUCAAUAAGCAUCAGACAGCUUUACCAUAUCUGAGUCCUUUGGUCCUGAAGCUGUCAGAGGAAAACCUUAAAUCCAUCACAGCUGAUUCUUGAAACACUCAGCAAGGGGGUAUAUGCCAAAAUCCCCAAGACUUUUGGGCUGCUUCUCCAGGAACAUCUGAUGGGGCUGAGGGUGCUACAAAAACUGAGAUAGAAAGGAAUAGAAGGCACUACUUUCUUGCCAUCCUUGUAAAUGAUUACUUUUUGUUCAAAAUAGAAAUAAUUGAAGUCUGAACACCAAAUACCUAUUACUCCUACUCCAGUCUCAUCGGUAGUUUAAGAUAUACAGUAUUAGAAUUUCCAUUUUAAAAAUCCCUUGGCCCUUUUAAAAUUCUACAGGACUCAAGGAAAAAUAGAAACACAACAGCGUAGAACAAUUUGUCAUUCAAGAACGGAAUUCUGUGAUCUGAAAUCAGACCAGAUUCCAAUCAAAAUCAAGUAAAUUUCAAUAACAAUUAAAAGUCCUUGUAACCUUUCAGUUCUAAUAACUCCAAUCAGAUAUGAAACACCUCAACGCUACCACGAAACCCUGAAAGGGCUCGUGCUUUUAGCUUUAAAUUUUGCUCCUCAUAUUCCCUGGAACAGUGGUUCCCAAACUUGACUGAACAUUAAAAGUACCUGGAGAGCUUUUCAAACCGCCAAUGCCAAGAUCAUGUCUCACACCAAUUUCAUCAAAAUGUCUUGGGGUCAGAGCCUGGCAUCAAUAUUUUUGAAAGAUCCUAGGUAAUUCCAGUGUGGAACUAAGUUUGGGAACUGCUAUAUUCUUGGUAUUUUUACUAUAUCCCUUAAUAGUUUUCUUUUUAUUUUACUUUUGUUAAAUAUAAAAAUGAAAGAAAAAUUGUCUAACUUAAAAAUAAUAGCCAAAUCAUAUUUUUACAUAUAUUUAUCUCAGAAAAAGUAUAAAUUUAUAUAUAAUUCACAUUGGCUUCAAACUAAUUCUUGGGUCAAACUAAUCCUAAAAAUGAGAAAGUGAAAAAUUCUGCCUUAAGCAAUUCUUAGGUUCAAAUUCACACUCCCCCACAGACCUGCUUUUAUACUCAAAGAGAGUGAUUACACUAGGGGCAGGCAAAUUCCUACUCAGUCCAAAACAGCGUUGCAAAUUCCAAGAACAAAAGUUUUAAUGUUCUUUAAAAUCUUUGAAAACAAAUGGAAAAGGGCGCUCUGCACGUCCAGUCAAUGUGAAAUAGAUUUGAUCCAGAGGAAUUUUCAAUUUAAUCAAAUGAACAGACAUUAGCUAAUACAGGAAUCUCUUUAUGAGAAAAGUCAUUAUUCCAGAUUAAAUCAUAAUCACUUUUUUAAAAGGUUAAGAGCAAAGACCUAAACAUGAAAUAAUGUCAGUGUAUCAAGAAAAUUGCCACUGGAAGUGUGUGUCACUUGCUCAAGGAAACACACAAGUAUUCAUGACAUUUACCUCCUGAGACGUAAUUUUAUCCAACCGAGUAGAUGUGGUUUUAUCUUUUGCUGAAAUUUUACCUCAUUCUAGUAAAAUCUAGAGACUACUUUGAAUUCCACUAGAACAUAUUCAUAGAAAGUGUCAAUCUGUCUAUGAGACUGAAACUUUAAAAAAGUGGCAUUUUAAAAAAUCAAGUGUAGAACCAAAGGUUUAUUUUGCAUGAUGUUUAUAUUUUUAGACUUCAGAAAUUAGCCCUUAUUUAAUACCUAUCAUAUGGAUAGCGAUACACAAUAUCCAUAUUUCUGCUAUUUCUAACUUGAUUGCUUCCUAGAAAAAAUUCCUCAUAGAAAAAAUUAAAAUUAGUCAACAAACAAAGUGAAUAAUAACAAAACACCCAAACCAAUAAUGUAGAUACAUCUAGUAAAUUAGAAUUGGGUUUCUCAACUUUGGUAAUUAAUAGCUUAGUGAGAAUUAAAAUCAGCCAAUGUUACUUAGGAGGAGCUGGAACAGCCGUGAGAGUAGAUUCUCUCUGUAAAAACGCUGCCUUCGCUCGAAUUGCUGCCCCUCUCUCCCACGCCAUUAGAAGAACUAGAAGACCAGCUUUAACCACAACAAAAUGUAAUUCUCCUAGAUGAGUAGUUUGUCCCUCCCAACUCCCACCCAAACCUGUAUCAUCCCAACCACACUAUGUUUGGGUACCAACACCCAAAAUGCUGCUAGAAAGCUACCUCGUGUUAAGAAAACAUUGACUUCAAAAAAUAUCUCACAAAAGAGAACAUAUUUCCAAACCACAGUUCCUUAUCUUUUUAAUAGUGGAUGGAAAUUAAAUUAUAGCUAUGCAUUGAUAGUAGCUAUGCAGGAAAUUAGCUUUAGUUUUAUUUAAAGGUUUUUUUUAAAAAAAAAAAAGCAUUCUUCCAAUGGCAUAGAUUAGCUUUUCAUAAAUAUUGCUUCAAUAUAAUUUUCAGUUUAUGUUAAUUUUCACUAUAUUUUUAAAUGACUAUUUUCUAGUUCUGUUGCGGACAGCUGGGUCACAAUUUGAAUCCAUGGGGACAGGGAUAGUUUCCAGGUGACUUUUGCAGAAUAAGGGUCAGUAAAGACAGUUAGGAUUUUGAGUAAAUUGCCUUUGUAUUCAAAGCUGUAAAAUUUAUUAUUGUUGCAACUCUAGCCCUAUCCAAGAUUUCCCAAAAGUGAACAAUGUGCCCCAAUAUUCACAUAAAGCCAUGAUAUUACCCCCUCCUGUACUCAUAUGGAGGUUCCCAAGGGGUGAAAACGCACCUACAAUUUAACCUAGAGACUUGACAUUUUUUAUAUUUUGUAGAUACAUUUUUACAUAUUGUAGAUACACCUGUUAAAGACAAAACUAAGUUACAAAUAUGACACCAUAAGUGAACUUUGUGAUAAAUACUUUCAAAAGAAAACACGAAUAGCAUAAUUUAGCAAUUUUCAUAUACUUAUUGGAAGACAAAGAUAAACUAGGCAACAAACGUUCCUACUGGACACGCAACCGUUAACUACAGGAUUUUGUUAAACUGAUGGUCAAAUCUGAUGUUGACAUUUUACUUCAUCCUAGUGACAUCUUGAAAAUGCUGAGUUUUACGAGACCAUAUUCAUAGAAAAGUGUAAUGUAUCCAACAGACUAUCUGUUUGUAUUUGCCAAUGUUAGAACAAAGCACCGCAAGUCCUGCUAUAAUGAAUGAAACUACCAGGAAAACGAGAUUUCUCUGACACUCAUACCCUAUUUCUUUACUUAGGGAUUAAAAUAUUUUUUUAUUCAGUAAAAAAUGGCUGUAAAAUAUUCUAUAGCCCCAAAAGUGUCCAACAUUUUAAAAGCCAGCUUUUUCUUAGACUGUUUAUACAGAACCUAUAGGUUUAAUAGGGGCAGCAGUGUAUACCUUGAACACAUAGACUCAUUUAUGGGAGACUGCAAACUCUAUAUGACCCCAGUUCUCCUCAGCUUAGUAGGAAAGAUAAAAGAAAACCUUAUACUUUAGCUAAUAGUGAAGGGAAGUUCAUAACCAAGCUAGAAGUGAAAAAUAAUUCGGAAACCAAAAGCUUUCAUUCAUUCAAAAGUGCCUGGAAGAAAAUACAGAACAUUUCUGCAUCUACCUCCCCCUUGUAGACUUUUCUCCUGUUUUUAGGGGGAAAUAAAGAAAAAGAAUAUGCUUUGUUCUGUCUUAACUUAUGUUACUUUGUCUAAGGGGAAGGGAGAUACCAAGAAACAGUACUUUAAAGAAAGUAAGCUGCCUGCCGGAACUUCUCUGAGAUUGAAGAAUAUCAACCUCACUCAAAGUGUGGCAACAUCUCUCUGGGGUGACAGUACAUCUUGUUGUGCCCAGACAGUCCUGGCUUAGGACUGUGAUCCCACGUUAUAAAUAUUAAUAGGCCCUCUCACUCCCAAAUGUGUCCCAGUUUAGACAACAAAUUAUGCAGUGGCCCCAUCUUUAUGGCUCUUUUUUUUUUAAUGUUGUAGAAUUGACUUUAUCCUCUCCAGAGCAGAUACAGCUUAAACUAAUGGACCCAGCUAUUCUUUCUGACUGGGGUAGGAGCAUAGUAAACAGAGAAGAAUGCAUCAUCUUCUCCUCCAUAAUUACCCUCAGUCCACUCCCCAACCUAGCUGUCCCUCUACCCAGCCUCUUUCUGGUCCUAAUUCUCCUCCCACUGCUCCUGGGCUCUGGGUCCUAAGUUCUGCCUUCAGUUGACAGGGCUAGCAGCCACUAGGCCAGACUGGGCAGGGGACAAGAUGAAAGACAGCUCUUGGGGACACGUUUGGCCUAUCAAGAUCCACAGGCAUUAGUAAGGUCCUAGAGCAUUUGCUGGUUCCUUUCUUCCUUAAACCAAACUACUUACAACCCAAACCGGAAAGGACUUCUUGUGGAAACUUUCACUUUAAAAAGCACAUUGCCUUCUUCCCUUCUGUGUUUUACAAAUUUGCUCAAACACUAAUUCCCUCACAUUUAACUUCACCGUUAUGGUUGCUCAUGAACUAUUCUUCACCAAUAAUCAUCAUAUAAUCCCAUAUAAAGGUUUGAUUAUUUUUUAAUGGAAAAUAAUAUUGACAGGUAUUUUCCUUUUUUAUAGAAUUUCCUUUUUACUGUUCCUUUAUUCUCUUUAGUAAUAUUGAGAAUUAAACAAAUUACACAGUUUCUAUUGAAAUUAACCCAUGAAGCUAUCCUUCAUAGAAUGCGUGACCAGUCUCUUUACUAUGCACCUACUCUUAUGCCAGAAACUAUGAAUACAAAUAUAUAUAAAAAUAUAUGUUUUAUUUCUUGCCUUAAUGGGGUACACAGUCUAGUGAUCCAGUCUACAUUUUUAAUAACUGAAUAUAAUUACACUUAUUUAAGUGCAUCAGCUGGCAGGUUUUGUCACUUAGUCAGAAUCCCAAAAAUAAAUCAACUCUGUUCUAAACAUUGUUUCCAUGAUAACUGUCCAACACUAAGUCGGUACAGUAAGCCUUUUUAAAGAUGAAUUUGACUCUUGGUCUAUUAUUAUUGCUGUUAAGCAAAAUGAGUUUUCAAAUAUUUUCCCCGUGAUAUUUAUAUAAUCCUGGGGAAGUAUAGAAAAAUAAGAAAGAAGAAAAAAUUUUAGUUAGAGAUCCAGAAGCUUUAAAACAUGGAAUGACAAAUUCCCACACUGAUUCAUGAUGUUCAUGAGCAGGUAUCCAUGCUUUUUAUUUACUUGAAAACAUUUUGGUUAUUAACUGUUUCUGUUUUCUACAUAUACUUGCAUUUAUAAAAUUCAAAAAUCUAUUUAACAAGCUUACUCAUACCUAUAGUUUUUGCAAUAAAUGAUUUGCAAUGAAGUAUACAUACUAUUUUCGAAUUUAAAUUUUAUUUUGAAACUUGGCAUUUCCUAGUGUAAUUCUUAAGAGAUCUUUGGGCUCACAGGCUACAGAUAAGUCUAUUUAAAUCAAUCCAUCAUUGUCACUGGUUGAAAUACUUAAUGUAAUUAGUGGUAUUUUUAUUCCUAUUCCUUCAUUAGUUCUUUCCUUUUUUUCUGACUGCAAUAUAACCAGAUGUUGUUAUCCUCUAUCUCUUAAUGAAAAGCAUGCUGUCAGCAAAAUGUAUGUCUAGUUUCCAGAUGUUAAACCACCUCUUGCUUCUUUUCUUUUUUGUUAUUAUUGACUUUAUUUAUGUGAAGUUAGUUAGUUGAGGUACCAAAAGAAAGAGACAAAAACAGUAUUAAAGAGUGUGCAUAAAGCACUUAUUUUUGUACUUUGAGUACAAUAUUUUAUAGAACUCUGUGAUCUAGCUAAAUAUACUAUGUAACGUUGCAACAUUCAUUCAUUGGGAUAGUAAUCAUUGGUUUGGAGGAUAUAAAUAUAUCGGGCACCGGAGAAUCAUAAAUCACAUGAAAUGAGAAAUAAUGCAACAUUGUAAUGACUACUGUAAUUCCAGGAUGGUGAAAUUAUUGUAAUUGAAUUUUCAAGUACUAUUAUAAAGUUUUAAAAAGUA